UUUCAAUAUGUGUCCCAAUAAUUGCUCGGGCCGAGGAGAGUGCAAGCUCAAUAACAGCAGCAAUGCUCUGGAAUGUGAAUGUGCCAAAUACUGGAAGGGAGAAGCUUGUGAUAUUCCCUACUGCACAGAGGAUUGCGGGGCGCCCGAGAGAGGGCAUUGCAACUUGAACGACACCAAGGCGUGUUCGUGCUCUGCAGGCUGGCAAGGUCCUGGCUGUUCAAUUCCUGUUCCUGCAAACCAGUCAUUCUGGACCCGGGAGGAAUACUCUCUUCCAAAACUUCCUAGAGCAUCUCACAAAACCGUAAUCCAUGACAAUAAAAUGUGGAUCGUUGGAGGCUAUGUCUUCAAUCAUUCUGACUCUCAGAGGGUUUUAGCCUAUGAUCUUAUUUCUGAAGAGUGGCUUCCACUGGACAACACUGUGAACUCCGUGGAGAUGAGAUAUGGUCAUUCGUUGGCACUACAUAAGGAUGAUAUAUACAUGUAUGGUGGAAAAAUAGAUGCAACGGGGAACGUGACCAGCCAGCUGUGGGUGUUCCACAUUCCCAGCCAGACCUGGACUCAGGCGACGCCGAAAGCCAAGGAGCAGUACGCCGUGGUUGGCCACUCGGCCCACAUCGUCACCCUGCGAGACGGCAGCGUGGUCAUGCUCGUCAUCUUCGGGCACUGCCCUCUUUACGGGUACAUCAGCAACGUCCAGGAGUACAGCCUGGCCACAAACACGUGGAACAUUUUACAGACGAGCGGAGCUUUGGUGCAAGGAGGGUAUGGUCACAGCAGUGUUUAUGAUCCAAACACAAGAUCAAUUUAUAUCCAUGGAGGUUACAAAGCAUUCAGUGCCAACAAAUACCGGCUGGCAGAUGACCUGUACAAAUAUGAAGUUGAUUCUCGUAUGUGGACAAUUCUUAAAGACAGUCGGUUUUUCCGCUAUUUGCAUACGGCUGUGAUAAUGAGUGGAACCAUGCUGGUGUUUGGAGGAAACACGCACAACGACACCUCCAUGAGCCACGGCGCAAAGUGCUUUUCUUCAGAUUUUAUGGCGUACGAUAUUGCUUGCGAUCGAUGGUCUGUUCUCCCUCGCCCGGGUCUCCAUCACGACGUGAACAGGUUUGGACAUUCUGCCGUGCUCUACAACAGCACCAUGUAUGUAUUUGGAGGCUUCAACAGCCUCCUCCUGAGUGACAUACUGAAGUACACACCCGAGAGAUGUGAAGCUUUUGACAACGAAACGGCCUGCUUGCGAGCAGGUCCUGGCGUCAGAUGCGUGUGGGCCGCUGCCUCCGCUCUCUGCGUCCCCUGGGAAAUGGCGACGGUAGAGCAGCAGCAAAAGGUCUUUGAAGACUGUCCUCCCAGGCCAGUUGUAGACAAUGAAAAAUGUGAUCAGAUUACAGACUGCUAUAGCUGUACAGCAAAUACAAACAACUGUCAAUGGUGCACUGACCAGUGUAUCUCAAUGCAUAACAACUGCACAGAGGAACAGGUGCCUGUUACUCUAUAUGACAAUUGUCCUAAGGAUAACCCAGCCUAUUACUGUAACAAAAAGACAAGUUGUAAAAGCUGUGCCAUGGAUCAAAACUGUCAGUGGGAACCUAGGAAUCAGGAGUGCAUCGCUUUGCCAGAAAAUAUCUGCGGAACAAACUGGCAUUUGGUUGGCAACUCCUGCUUGAAAAUCACAAACGCGAAGGAGAACUACGAUCAUGCCAAACUCUCCUGCAGAUCCAACGGCGCUCUGCUGGCUUCUCUCACCACCCAGAAAAAGGUAGAAUUUGUUCUAAAGGAGCUACAGAAGAUGCAGGCUUCGCCCAAAACUUUGACUCCAUGGGUUGGACUGAGGAAAAUCAAUGUGUCGUAUUGGUGCUGGGAAGACAUGUCUCCCUUCACCAACACCCUGCUCCAGUGGCUCCCCGAUGAACCCAGCGAUGCCGGGUUCUGUGGUUAUUUAGCUGAGCCUUUCCAGCAGGGGCUGAAGGCAGCCACGUGCAUCAACGAAGUCAACGGCAGUGUCUGCGAAAGGCCAGCAAACCACAGCGCCAAGCAGUGCCGCACGCCCUGCGCCCUGCGGACCCUCUGCGGGGAGUGCACGAGCGGCAGCUCCGAGUGCAUGUGGUGCAGCAACAUGAAGCAGUGCGUGGACUCCAACGCUUACGUGGCCUCGUUCCCCUACGGGCAGUGCAUGGAGUGGUACACCAUGAGCAGUUGUCCGC